AUGAAGACGUUCCUCAACAAAGCAAAAGCUGCCCUAGACAACAGCGACUCGCGCACCUCAUCGCACAGCCAAACAGCUGGCGGACCAUCAUCGAUACAGCCGCCAACACUCGCAGACGUCAUCAGAUAUCGAUACCACCAUGGAACUAACUUGGGCUCGAUCUUCGUACAAGAACGAUGGCUAACCGGCUGUAUGCAUGACGAAAGUUUCCCGGGCUCAAGCGAGUUGACUGCCGUCGAAGGAUGGGUAAAGAUGGAGGGCAUCGACAAGGCCCGCGAGCGAUUCGAACGACACUGGCAUGAAUACACCAGCGAUGCUGACCUUGACUGGCUACGUGAUGUCGGAAAGUGCAACGCCAUCCGUCUUCCCAUCGGAUACUUCACCUUGGGACCUGCAUGCUGCGAAAACACACCUUUCCAAGCUGUUGGGGCCGUGUAUCAACACGCUUGGCAAGCGGUCAAAGAUUUGAUACAGCGAUGCGGCUCUCGUGGGAUCAGUGUCUUGAUUGACCUUCACGCUCUUCCGGGCGGUGCCAACGGAGGAGAUCACUCGGGCACGAACAGUGGCAAGGCCGAGUUUUGGCAUUCGCGUAAGUGCAAAAGUCUCGCCACUCGCUGUCUCUGCUUCAUCGCCCAACAAGUGCGCGAUAUGCCAGCAGUGUCUGGCAUCCAGAUCGUGAACGAGGCCGAGUGGGAUGCGAACGGGAUGUACGAAUGGUAUUGUGAUGUGCUGACAGAGCUCUCGACCAUCGAUUGCACCAUGCCCAUCUACAUUUCUGAUGGGUGGGAUCUUACACGGUGUGCGGGCUCGAUACAGGGGAAGAACACCAUGAUCAGCAAACACGCGAAUCCAAUAGUCAUCGACACUCAUCUUUACUGGUGCUUCUCCGAUGGCGACCAGCAAAAGUCACCGCAGCAGAUCACCGGGGAAGUCGGGAGCAAGCUGCACGAGAACGAGCUCAAAUGCGGCAGUGUCGUCGAUAGAGGCGCUUCUCAGGCUGUGGUUGGUGAAUACAGCUGCGUACUUGGAGACGCUUCGUGGGCCAAAGGCGGAUGCGAUCCUAAAGAACAGCUGGUUCGUGGCUUCGGCAAUGCUCAGUCGCAACGAUAUCAGCAGCGAGCAGGGGGCAGCUACUUCUGGACCUACAAGAUGGACUGGAUGCCUGGCGGCGAGUGGGGUUUCAGGCAGAUGACGGAGCAACACGCCAUCACUCCUCCAACAUCACUCACCCUAGAAAUUCACGACCUCCAGACACGCAUCAGCCAGGCCCAAUCUCAGCGAGAUUAUCUCCGAGGCAGUUCGUGGGGCUCGCACUGCCAAUAUUGGGAUUCGAAUCAUCCUGGCGUGUAUGAGCACGACCGCUUCGUGCAGGGAUGGGACGUUGGCUUCAGCGAUGCGAUGGUCUUCUUCGGCAUGCGCAGCCAGCACCAUCUUUGUGGAGCAGACAAGAUUGGGAUGCGUGAUCUGUGGGUGCUGAAGCGACUCCGGGAGAGUGGGCAGGCUGGUGAGUUUGUCUGGGAGUACGAGCAGGGGUUGCGUCAAGGCAUUCGUGACUUUUAUCAAGCCGCUGGUGUGUAG